UGUCUCACAUCUCUCACAAAACAGAGAAGGGAGAGAAGAGAGGUGUCACUUGUUUGUCUCUCAAUCUCUCUUUCUCUCACAUUUUGUUCCAAACGAAAGGGUACACUCUAUUUAUAAUCUCUGUCCAUUGUUUUCCCUUGCCACUCUCCUCUAUACAUUCUUCAUUUUCAAUCCAUUUCCACAUUUCUGUUUCUUCCUUUCUUCACUCCUUAAGUAUUUUUUUCUAUAAAUAAAAAAAAGACAAAAAAAAAAAAAUCAUAUUUUCUUUUUUCUGGUGUGCGAUCAUUUCCUUUUUCUUCCUUCCGUACUGAUCUUGAUCCUUCAAGGAUUUGAGACAUGGAAUCUCAGUUAGCUCAUGUUUCAGUUGAAACUGUAAGUGAAAAGAACAAACUUCCGAAGGAAAAUCAGAAAAUGAAGAAUCAUGGUGUAGAGGUUAAUGAGCCGAUAAAAUUUGGCUCUCAUGGUAUUAAAGAAUCAAUUAAGGAGGAAGGGAAAAAAGCUCCUGCGAUCGGCCUCCGGAAGGAUGCUGUUGAGGACUGGCCUGAACCUAAGCAGAUCCAUUCUUUCUACAUUAUUAGAUAUCGGCGAUAUGAAGACCCAAAACUGAAGCCCAAAUUUGAUCAGGCAGAAAAAGAGCUACAGAAAAUGAACAAAGAAAGAUCUCAAAUUAUCGAAAAAUUGCGGGCCAAGAGGGCAGAACGAUCAGGGUUGAUAGGCCAAAGGCAAUCUGUGAGUGCUGAGAAUCAGGAGUUUUGGACAGUAAUUGAUGGGAAGAGAAAGGAAAUGGAACCUCUGCAGGAUGCCCUCGGCAAGCUCCGUGGUCCUAGGAAAGCUGGAAGAGAGGGGAGUUCUAGUCUGUGUUCAUCAGAGGAGGAGCUUGAUAAAUUUAUUAAGAGUCUGCAGUAUCGCAUUCAGCAUGAAAAAAUUCCUCUGAAUGAAGAGAAGCAAAUUCUUAGAGAAAUUAAACGACUUGAAGGAACAAGGGCAGAGGUAAGAGAACGUAUGGGCAAGCUCCGUGUUCCUAGGAAAGCUGGGAGAGAGGGCAGUUCAUGUUCAUCUGAGGAGGAGCUUGAUAAUCUUAUUAAGAGUCUGCAGUACUGCAUUCAACAUGAAAGCAUUCCUCUGACUGAAGAGAAGAAAAUUCUUAGAGAAAUCAAACGACUCGAAGGAACAAGGGGAGAGGUAAGAGAAAAUAUGGCUAUGAGGGCACAGAUUCAGGAUUCAAUGGGUGAAAAAGAAACAAUCCAAAAGCAGGUUAAGCUUAUAAGUGGUAACCUUGAUGGGGUUCGGAAGGAGCAACAGGCGGUUAAGGCCAAGCUAAAGGUACUAGAUGAUCAGCUCGAUGCCAAUACCAGCCAGAUUAAGUCUUUGGAUGAGGAGUUGAAGGAAUUAACAAAGAAGAGGGACAAAGCUUUUGUAAAUGUUCAGGAAUUGAGAAAUCAACGCGAAGAAGGGAACGCUCCUUUCUACCAAAACUUUGCACUGUUGCAAAAAGCAAAACUGCUAGCAGAUAAGAAGGAUGUCGAAGCCCUUAAACAACUCACACUUACUGAGGUCGAUAAAUUUAUAUCCCUAUUUAGUGGUAGUAAGCCCUUUCGGGAUGACUAUGAGAGGAGAAUUUUGACAUCACUUGAUAUUAGGCAGUUGAGCAGGGAUGGCAGGAUGAGGAACCCUGAUGAGAAACCUCUGGUCUUACCACAGGCACAGACUGUUUCACAGUCUGAGAUUGUCGAGAAAACUAAUGCUAGACCAAAAAAGGAAGAAUCAGUGCCGCCUGCUCAAAAUGUAAACAAAGACAAGAAUACCAAGAAGCCAAAAGAUGCAAGUAGCAAAGUUACAGAAAGUACCACAGAAAAGUACAUCUUUCAUGUUGAAGAGGAGAUCCAUGGUUUAGAAAAUAAACCGAAAAGCAAGGAAUAUGAUGAGGCAAGGUUAAAGGAAAUGAAGAAAGAGGAGGAGAUUGCAAAAAAUCGGCAGGCAAUGGAGAGGAAGAAGAAGUUGGCAGAGAAAGCAGCUGCCAAAGCAGCAAGAAAAGCUCAGAAAGAAGCUGAAAGGAAAAAGCUCAAGGAAAUUAUCCUUAUCAUUCUAUCAUUAGAACUUGAGAAGAAGGCGAAGAAGAAGGCUGGAGCUUCUGUUCCUGGUCAGGAGUCUACUGAGGAACCAAGUGAAACAGCUGCAGAGGUUGCUGAGGAAGACAAGGAGGAGGAAAAGGUUGAAACAUCAGUUGCACCUAAGCUCAAGGACCCGAAAGGGAAGACUGUCAGGCAUCGACCGACGCGUGCAAAAGGCACGGAGAUUUCUAAAACUAUACUAAAGCGCAAAAAGGCAAUCAACUAUUGGCUAUGGGCUGCUCCUGCUGCUCUUGUAGUUCCGCUACUUCUAGUAGCAUACACAUAUCUUCUCUAGGAUAUGAUGAAAGUCAAAAGUAGAGGAGGGAAACUUGGUAUUGCUUACAGUGUUGCAAUAGCAAGGUCUGUUUUUGUAAUCUUAAGUCAAGCUUAUUUUUUCGCAUCCUUGACUGAGGAUGGAAAAGUUAUAAUGUUGCUGGUAGAGAAGUCGUCCGCAGAUGCUUACAGAAAGGGUAACUAUGCAUGUUGGAUUUUGUCUGUGUAGUUUCAAGUUUUGACAUUUGCUUAAAGAUUUUCAUCUUGGCAUUAAUUGUAAACAAUUAAGUUCUUUA